UUGCUCGCAGUCCGAGGAUGGCGAAGCGCAUCUGCCUGCCCACGACAACAAGCUCGGUGAGCCUGCCAUGCGUCGUGCUCCAUACCAUCCUUCGUAUGGUAGACAAUGGAGCUGACGUGACCGCGUACCUUGCAGCGCUCCCACCGUCAACGCUGCCACCCGAGCUUGUGGCCCUUCGUGACCUCGGCGCCGUCGUCGACCUCGCCAAGCACUGGCCAACCGUGCGUGUCGUCGACGUGCCCUUCGAGUAUGCUCGCCUCGCCAUCGAUGCGCUGCCAGCAUUUGUCAGUCUCACAGUGGACGCUGGCUUUCGUGCGCUUGCGUGGCUGGGUGCCACGCUGCCACCGACGAUGCGCGUGUCGCUGGCCGUGGACCUGUCUGUCCCGGGGAACCACACCGCCUUUUCGCACGUGUGGGGCGACAAUGUCAUCGAACUGACAAUUCCAGGCAAUCUGCUUGGUCAUGACGCGAUCCCCGAUAUCCUUGGGCGCUGCGUCAAUGUGGAAGACGUGGCAAUCGAGAGCUCACAGACGACGCCGGAAGACAUUGCUGUGUGCUUGUCUGCUCUGUCGACCAAGCACUUGGAUAUACUCACGGUGGACGCUGGGCGCUGUCGUAUGGUCGACACCACUGCCAUCGUCGCGUGGCUGCAAGGACCGAACGCCUCGUGCUUCUCGCUUUCGUGCGACAGCGUCCGCGACCCGACGGCGCUCGCCAGCGCGAUUGAAUCGAGCUCGACGUUGUCGGCCUUAGACCUCAAAGACGUACUCGACGUCCAGGAAGCCUUGGCGGCAUCGCCAAAGAGCUUGCACCACAUCACGGUACUCAUGGUGCGCGUCCCGCGUCUCCGAAGUGACGUGGCGCUUGGUUUGCUCCGAAAACUAGUUCCAACACGGGUGCACACGGUCUCUGUGGACCGGAACUUCCAGUGGAACGAAGGCGAUGAAGAUCAAGAGGUGCCUGACACGGCGAUUCUCAACGAUCUGGCAGCGUACUCGUCCCUUAAGAGUCUGUUCCUCAACUAAAUGCACGUUUCCCCACUCACAGCAACCGGUGUCUGGCGGCAGUUGUCCUCGGUGAUCGUCCACAACGCUACGUUUGAUAGGCCUCGUGACGGGGCCAAGUUG